AUGUUUCGGCAGAUCGCUCUUCACCCGGAGGAUUGGGAUCUACAAAGAAUAUUGUGGAAGAAGCCAGACGGACAGCCUGAGAUAUACCAACUAACAACGGUAACUUACGGUCUAAAUUGCGCACUGUUCCUUGCAUUACGAACAUUACAACAACUUAUCACGGACGAGGGUCACUGCUUUCCGCAAGCUAUUAUCCCAAUGACAAAGGGCCGCUACGUUGACGACAUCUUCGGAGGAGCCGACUCAGUCUCAGAAGCCAAAGUUAUCGUUAAGCAAUUAAGUGAAAUCUGCAGGGCGGGCGGAUUCCCAUUGCAGAAGUGGAGCAGCAAUUAUCCGGAAGUUCUGCCCCCUACAGAUGAAAAUUCGCCUCUCACAGUUGAGAUUGAGCCUACCCUUCACAAAAUACUAGGCCUCGCUUGGAAACCUGACAAAGACACCUUCCAUUUUUCCGUUUUAGACUUUUCUACUCCUACUCUCACCAAAAGGAAGAUUGCCUCCGAAAUCGCAAGAUUAUAUGAUCCGCUAGGAUUAAUAUCACCAGUCCUGAUAAAAGCUAAGAUUAUUUUACAGGAGCUUUGGGUAGUGAAAAUAGGAUGGGAUGACCCCAUUCCUUCCGAACUACAUGAGCGUUGGGUGUUCUUCCGACAACAACUCUUAAAGCUUGAUCAAAUAUCCAUACCCAGGUGGCUUAAGCAUGUACGCUCUAGUACCGAUAUCGAAUUACACGGCUUUUCGGACGCUUCCCAAUAUGCAUUGGCAGCUGCGGUUUAUGUUAGAGUCCCAGUGGAAAACGGUGAGUAUUCCGUGCAGUUAGUAUGCUCUAAAACAAAGGUCGCGCCAAUUAAACGGCUAACAAUACCCCGCUUGGAACUCGCCGCAGCACUAUUGCUAGCGCGCCUGAUGACACUGACGAUAAAGGCUCUGGAACUACCCGAGACAUCUGUGUACUGUUGGUCGGACUCAGCAGUAGCUCUGACCUGGAUCAACGCCCAUCCAUCACGUUGGAAGGACUUCGUCCACAACCACGUGUGUGCCAUACAAGAGCUUCUCCCUGGCGCCUCGUGGCAUUUCGUAUCGGGAAAGGAAAAUCCAGCGGAUUGCGCCUCCAGAGGCCUCCAACCGGACCACUUGAUCAACCAUCAUUUGUGGUGGCGGGGCCCCUGUUGGCUACAGGAACUAAAAUCACUUUGGCCUUCUGCAGACUGUGUGCCUGAAGUCGAAGUCGAACUGGAAGAACGACCCGGGCAAAUUUCGACUACGGUCGCCCAAACCCACUCCUACUGGAACUUGCUUGAUAGGUAUUCCUCCUUUACGAAGUUGUUGCGGGUUACAGCAACUUGUCGCAGGUUUGUAGCAAGGCUAAAAAGGUUGCCGCAAACAUCGCCAAUACAUUAUCCCUUGACGCCAGACGAAAUAGACCAAAGUCGCAACACCUGGGUACGACUCGUACAACAAGAAUGGUUCUCUAACGAGGUAAGACACGUUUCCAGAGGAGAGCCGUUGCCAAAAUCCAACCCCUUAGUGAGGCUUACACCCUUUUUGGACGGAGAGGGACUCUUACGAGUUGGAGGACGACUACAAAACGCCGUAAUGGAUGCGGAAACCAAACACCCCCUCAUCCUGCCUCGAAGGUCCCCCCUCACCACUCAUAGUGGACGACGCUCACCUCAGAGCCUUGCACGGAGGCGCGCAAGUUACCUUAAACCUAAUACGAUCUAG